GAAAACUCCAACCCACGACACGUGAUUUCCCAGUAUUCAGUGCGUUCUCUCUAUAUAAACCUGAUGUGGUUCUGUGGUUCUGAACAGCAGCUUUGAGCCGACGACCGAUUCAAACAGCCAACCACUGUCUGCAGACACGAAACCAAAAUGGCCAACUACAUCACCGACCUCCAAGUGUCUCUGGAUGCGACUGAAGAGAGUCAGCUCCGUGCACAAGGCUUCAAGAGAAUUGAUGUUGAUCUGAAUAAAAGAGCUGGAGGAAACUGCAUCUACCUUUGGUACAAAACAGGAAGCUGUGGCCCAAUCACCAGGAUCCAGUUUUCAUUCAGAUCAGACAUGGAAAAGGGUCUGAACGACACAGGGUACACGAAGAUCAACAAAGAUCUCAAUGCUGGAGCAUGUGGAGACUACAUCUACCUGUGGUUCUACAAAGGUACCACCGAGUACGAUGUUCCCAUCACUAAACUUGAAGUCUCUACAGAAGAUGAAGCCCAGAAGUUCAGAUUCGGCUGGAACAGACUGGCCUGUGAUCUGAACCGUGAUGCUGGAGGAGAGAUGAUCUACCUGUGGGUGAAGAGAGAGAAACAAACAUACAUCUGUGACAUCACUGCCACUGAGGGUUUUGGAGGAGAUGAAGACUACUUCAAGAACGGGUUCAUCCGAGUGGAUGAAGACACCAACAGAGGUGCAGGAGGAUCUGAUGUCUUCAUCUGGUUCCGUCUGACCACUGACAGUGAGAAGGCCAACACUGAUCUGCAACUCUCCACCAAUGACAAAGAAUAUGACAGGUUUCAAAGCCAGGGCUAUGAGCCAGUGAACAUGGAUCUCAACAAGGGUACCGGAGGAAACCAGGUGUUCCUGUGGUUCAAGAAAGAUCCCAAGUGCGGCAACGCUAUCAAAGAUUUCACUCUGAUCGUCGGCAGCAGUUUCAUUAAACCAUUCAAGGAGGCCGGGGUCAAUGUCAUCGAAAAAAGCCUCAAUACAGGAAACUGCAGCAACUAUGACAUGUACCUGUGUUAUUAUCGCUGAGAGUUGUCAUGGUAACAGAGCUGAGCAUGCUCACUGAGGAGAAACAGAAUCAAAUAUAUUCCUGUUUAAUUUCUCUGUUUGAUUAAAUUAGAUGAUUUUAAUCACAUAUAAUCUACAAUGAAUCAAAUGGAUCAAACUGUUUGAUGUGUUCUUGAAUGACUCUGUAUCACUUUAUUCUGAGGAUUCUCUGCUUUAAUAAAGUUUCUCCAGCAUC